CUGUGAGGCGAUAACGCUACCGCAGGCUGGACUACCACUGCAGUUCAUUAAUAGUCUGUGAGUACAAACUGGAAUAAGAGGCUGAGACCUAUUGCGCUCACACUUAUCAAAGAUAUGCACCGAAAACAUGACGAUUGAUGCAUCACUGGUUAAAUCAAUUAAAUAAAUAUUGCUGCCAGUUUGUGGUGUUACUUACGUGCACACAGACUGGUGCAAUGUUCAUGUUUAAUGUUUGAAACAUACGAAGUGCGAGACACAUUCUGUUUGCAAAGUUCAGUGUCACUUUAACUGGAGCCCUGCCUCUCCGUGACGUACUAGAGCCCGGCAUGUACAAAACAGGAGCACCUUGCAUUUUAAUUCUUAUUUUGAGUGCUUAAGCUUUUCUGGUUAUUUGGUAAACGUUUCUUCUGUGGAGCAAAGAUGCCCAUUUUUAAAGUGUACACCAAUGCCCGCAAAAGUGCAGCGACCAAGUCCCUGUUAGAAGAGUUAAACACCGAGCUGGACAAGGCUCUGGGCAAACGUGAGGCAGAGAGUAUUGCCAUUCAUAUUGAUACUGACAAGCUCGUAUCCUUUGGGGGUACAACAGAGCUCUGUGCAGUAUGCAGUUUCACCAACAUUGGCAAAAGUGAGGCUUCAAAAAACAAGACUUACUCAAAACUGUUUUCGGAUCUGCUGAACAAGCACUUGGGUAUAUCUGCAGAAAGGAUCUACAUCCAUUUUAUUGAUGUGCCUGUUGAAUGUGCAGGCUGGAAGGGUACCUUAUUCUGCUUUCUGUAAUCAUGUACUGUCACCACAGGAAACGGUAUCUGUAACCACAGUAACAUUCAAAUUCUUCCAGAGGAAUAUUGAAUGAUUCCUGUACACAUUGCUAAUGAGUUUUAUGCUUGUAUUGUACUGAUGAGAAUGGCUUACCUCUCAAAUAAAAAUGUUACUAAUGGCUUUUAAUUACAAGUGGACAAAAAUGCCUGAAUAAAACCAGUGGGCAUAUUGGUCAGGGUUACUGACUGUCUUAAACUUUCCAUCCAUUUUGUCUUGCAGCGUUUCAGAUUAUCUUGUAACAUGAUUAACUUUCCCACUUGGUUAUCACCCUUUUUUAUAUAUGAUUUGUAAAAUUUCUCAUCUUUCACAAAUUGUGAUAGAGAUUUUAAACGCAUUAAAUGUUUAAUGUUG